AUGCUUGCUACAUGUAUCAACACAGAAUCACAAAUUAUCAACGAGAAGCGACUUUUAUUGACUGACCCUGAUUAUGCUGAUAACAAGCAAUUGCAGAGGGAUAUUCAGUUACUGAAGGCAACAAUGAUAUGUCGUGUAAGCCAUGCGUCUACAGUAUUAAUGAUUCCCGGUAAAUCACAUUGUUACUCUGGCUGGAAAACCGAAUAUAGUGGAAAUCUAAUGUCUGGACAUCAUGGCCAUGCUGGUGCGUCUCAGUAUGUAUGUGUUGAGAGUAGUCCAGACGUAUUGGAGGCUGGUUCACGCGAUGAUAAUGGAUACCUUUUGUAUGGAGUCAAGGCGUACUGUGGAUCGCUCAAAUGUCCUCCCUAUGUACAAGACACCCUGUUCAAAUGUGUGGUUUGUUCGAAGUAG